AUGUCUAUCCCAGAAACUUGCACUGCUUUGGUGGUCGGAGGUGGCCCAGCUGGGUCCUACGCUGCUUCAGCGUUGGUUCGAGAGGGAGUCGAUGUAGUCCUCCUCGAGGCAGAUGUCUUCCCCAGAUACCACAUAGGCGAGAGCAUGUUGCCGUCUAUUCGCCAUUUUCUACGAUUUAUUGAUCUAGACUCCAAGUUUGAUAGCUAUGGAUUUGUCCAGAAGAAUGGUGAGGCCUUUAAACUGAACUCGAAGCCAGAAGCAUAUACCGAUUUCGUGGCGGCUGGCGGCCCCGGAAGCUACGCCUGGAACGUAAUCCGUUCGGAGGCCGACCACCUCAUCUUCAAGCAUGCCGGAGAAAACGGAGCCAAAACCUUCGACGGAGUGAAGGUGAAUGGUAUCAACUUCGAACCGCUCCCCGAGGGUGAUUGGGACAAUGCGUCAAGAGAUUUGGGACGACCUGUCUCAGCCACCUGGACACGCAAGGCUGACAAGUCCACUGGCGUGAUUAAAUUUGAAUAUCUCGUGGAUGCCACCGGGCGAGCCGGACUGGUCAGCACCAAAUAUAUGAAGAACAGAACAUAUAACCAGGGACUGAAGAAUGUGGCUACCUGGGGGUAUUGGAAAGGGGCGAGUUCAUAUGGUAUUGGAACUCCUCGGGAGGGUGACCCAUACUUUGAGGCUAUUGCAGAUGGAAGUGGUUGGGUUUGGCUAAUCCCCCUGCACGAUGGUACAACCUCGAUCGGCGUCGUUAUGAACCAGGCUAUGGCCACAACAAAGAAGCGAGAGUCCGGAUCGAGCUCACAGCAGUUCUAUAUUGACAAUGUGAAGCAAAUCCCCGGUAUCUGGCAGCUCCUUGACAAAGCGGAGCUGGUAUCCGACUUAAAGUCAGCAUCAGACUGGUCCUACAGCGCCUCAAGCUAUGCCAGCCCCUACCUGCGCAUCGCCGGAGACGCAGGCUGUUUCAUUGACCCCUUUUUCUCUUCGGGGGUUCAUCUAGCUUUUGCAAGCGGUCUUUCCGCGGCCCUCAGUAUUCGUGCCGCACAGAGAGGUGAUUGUGAUGAAAAAGCCGCUGCAGAAUGGCACUCCAAGAAAGUUGCGGAGGGAUAUACCCGUUUCUUGCUAGUUGUGAUGAGUGCCUUGAAACAGAUUUCUGAUCGAGACGAGCCUGUUCUUACGGACUGGGACGAAGAGAGUUUCAAUCGGGCAUUUGACUUAUUCAGACCAAUCAUCCAAGGAACGGUGGAUGUGGACAAGUCACUGACGCAAGCCGAGAUUGCUCAAACGAUCAGUUUCUGCGUUAAUGCAUUCCAGAACGCUGGAAGAGAUGAGCAAGAUGCGCUGAUGAACAAGAUCAAGACUGUUAGCGAGACAAAGAAUGGUGAAACGGACGUCGUUAAGAAGCUGGAAGAGAGUCUAUCUGCUGAUGAACGCCGGACGCUCAACACCAUUCAAGCCAGACAGAUCAUUCGAUCCGAGGACACGAUGAACAUCGAUAACUUCACUGUCGAUGUUAUCGAUGGGAUGGUGCCAAAUCUCAAGCGUGGGUCGCUUGGUCUGCUGAAGUAUGUGCCCAAGGUCAAGGCCGGGCAGCAGGAAGACGAGCUUAGAUCCAAGUUGGGACUGCCAGAGAAACAGGACUCCAUCUUCUCUUAUUAG